UUUCGGGGCCUGAGCCGGGGGUCUGAGAGCCCACGUGGGCUGGGCUUCGGGGUGCGCUGCCGACUCGGCCCCGCCGGAACCGGGGCAGUACUGGGCGUCAUGGGGAAGCUGCGCCGGCGCUACAACGUCAAGGGGCGCCUGCAGGCGACCCCCGGCGCCUCGAAGGGCGUCCCGGAGCCGCCCCCCGUGCGGCUGGAACUAGAGGAUAAAGACACGUUGAAAGGAGUAGAUGCAAGUAAUGCACUCGUUUUGCCGGGAAAGAAGAAAAAGAAGCCUAAAGCCCCUCCCCCGUCGAAGAAGGAGAAGAAGCCUCUGACCAGGAAAGAGCGGAAAAUGCUGCAGAAAAUCUUAGAACAGAAGGAGAAAAAGAGCCAGCGAGUAGAGAUGCUGCAGAAAUUGAGCCAAGUCCAGGUUUCAGAAGCCGAGCUGAGCCUGUUCUACACCACGUCCAAGCUGGGCACGGGGGACCGCAUGUACCACAGCAGAGACAGGAAGUCUGACAGGAUCGAAGCCCAGGGGCAGGAGAAGAUCAGCAGCCUCAGCGGGGCCCACCGGAAGCACUAUCACCAGGAAGAGGAGGAAUCGGAGUCCUCGGUGGAGUCUGAACCCGAUGAGGCCCCUGCCGCUGAGCUGGUGGAUGCUGGUGCAGAGAAUGGGAGCCCAGGGCCCAGUAGCCAGCCCCGUGUGGCCGGGACUACCUCGGCACCUCCCGCAGCAACCUCCACCCCGGCCAGGGCCCCAGCAAAGCCUGCCGUCUUCAUUCCUGUGAACCGCACCCCUGAAAUGCAGGAAGAACGGCUGAAGCUCCCCAUUCUCGCUGAAGAACAAGUGAUCAUGGAGGCCGUGGCCGAGCACCCCAUCGUCAUCGUGUGCGGGGAGACCGGCAGCGGGAAGACCACGCAGGUGCCACAGUUUCUCUACGAAGCAGGCUACAGCAGUGACAACAGCAUCAUCGGCAUCACCGAGCCCCGCCGAGUGGCUGCUGUGGCCAUGUCCCAGCGAGUGGCCAAGGAGAUGAAUCUGUCACAGAGGGUCGUCUCCUACCAGAUCCGAUAUGAAGGAAACGUGACCGAAGAGACCAGAAUCAAGUUCAUGACGGAUGGCGUGUUGCUCAAGGAAAUCCAGAAGGACUUCCUGCUGCAGAGAUACAGGGUGGUGCUCAUCGACGAAGCCCACGAGAGGAGCGUGUACACGGACAUCCUCAUCGGCCUUCUGUCCCGCAUCGUGUCUCUCCGGGCAAAGAGGCACAUGCCGCUGAAGCUGCUCAUCAUGUCGGCCACGUUGCGGGUGGAGGACUUCACACACAACCAGCGGCUCUUCCCCCAGCCGCCCCCGGUCAUCAAGGUGGAGUCCAGGCAGUUCCCGGUGACGGUGCACUUCAACAAGCGGACCCCGCUAGAAGACUACAGCAGCGAGUGCUUCCGGAAGGUCUGCAAGAUCCACCGAAUGCUGCCAGCAGGCGGCAUCCUGGUGUUCCUGACGGGGCAGGCAGAGGUGCACGCACUGUGCCGCAGGCUGAGGAGAGCCUUCCCACACCCCAGACGCAGGCCGCCAGAAAAAGAAGAUCAAGAAGAUUCAGUAGAGGAAAUGCGGAAGUUUAAGAAGUCAAGGACAAGGGCAAAGAAGGCCCAGGCGGCGACGUUGCCCCAGAUCCGUUUGGACAACUACUCGGUGUUGCCAGCAGGCGAAAGCGACCAGGACAGGGAGGCAGAGAUGGACGAGGAGGAGGAGGCAGCCCUGGGCUCCGACCUUGAUCUGGACUUGGGGGAUGACGGAGCAGAUGGAGGUGAGCAGCCAGACGCCUCGCUCCCCCUCCACGUGCUCCCACUCUACUCUUUGCUCGCCCCAGAGAAGCAAGCUCAGGUCUUCCAACCUCCCCCAGAGGGGACGCGGCUUUGUGUUGUGGCCACCAACGUGGCCGAGACGUCCCUCACCAUCCCGGGCAUCAAGUACGUGGUGGACUGUGGGAAGGUCAAGAAGCGGCACUAUGACCGUGUCACCGGCGUGUCAUCCUUCCGGGUCUCCUGGGUGUCCCAGGCCUCAGCCGACCAGCGGGCGGGCCGAGCGGGCCGGACAGAGCCGGGCCACUGCUACAGGCUCUAUUCAUCGGCGGUUUUCGGUGACUUUGAGCAGUUUCCUCCUCCUGAAAUCACCCGGAGACCUGUUGAAGACUUGAUCCUUCAGAUGAAAGCACUCAACAUUGAAAAGGUCAUCAACUUCCCCUUUCCAACCCCUCCCUCCGUGGAGGCCCUCAUUGCCGCCGAGGAGCUGUUGGUCGCACUGGGUGCCCUGGAGGCACCCCAGAAAACAAAGAGCAUGAAGCAGCUGCAGAGGUCCCGGCUGAGCUGCCCCAUCACUGCGCUGGGCAGGACCAUGGCCACGUUCCCCGUGGCGCCCCGCUACGCCAAGAUGCUGGCACUGAGCAGGCAACACGGCUGCCUGCCCUACACCAUCACAAUUGUGGCUGCCAUGACAGUCCGCGAGCUGUUCGAGGAGCUGGACAGACCUGCGGCCAGCAACGAGGAGCUCACCAAGCUGAAGGACAAGCAGGCCCGGGUGGCCCAGAUGAAGAGGAUCUGGGCGGGGCAAGGCGCCUCUCUCAAACUCGGAGACAUCAUGGUGCUGCUGGGUGCUGUGGGAGCCUGCGAGUACUCUGGCUGCUCACCCCAGUUCUGCGAGGCCAACGGGCUUCGGUACAAGGCCAUGCUGGAGAUCCGGCGCCUGCGGGGCCAGCUGACCACUGCAGUCAAUACUGUGUGCCCUGAGGCCGGGCUCUUCGUGGACCCCAAGAUGCAGCCGCCAUCUGAAAGCCAGGUGACCUACCUGCGGCAGAUCGUGGUAGCCGGCCUGGGCGACCACCUGGCCCGUAGGGUACAGAGUGAGGACCUGCUGGAUGACAAGUGGAAGAAUGCCUACAAGACCCCUCUCCUUGAUGACCCUGUCUUCAUCCACCCCAGUUCCGUCCUUUUCAAAGAGCUCCCUGAGUUUGUGAUCUACCAGGAAAUUGUAGAGACCACCAAGAUGUACAUGAAAGGCGUUUCGGCCGUGGAGGUCCAGUGGAUCCCGGUCCUGCUGCCUUCUUACUGCCAGUUUGACAAGCCCUUGGAGGAGCCGCCGCCCGCCUACUGCCCGGAGAGGGGGCGGGUAAUCUGUCACCGGGCCAGCGUGUUCUAUCGUGUCGGCUGGCCGCUCCCUGCAGUGCAGGUGGAUUUUCCAGAGGGCAUUGACUGUUACAAGCACUUCGCCCGGGUUCUGCUGGAAGGGCAGGUCUUCCACAAGCUGGCCUCCUACCGGGGCUGUUUGCUGUCCAGCCCUAGCACAAUGCUGAAGACGUGGGCCAGGCUGCAGCCCAGGACAGAGAGUCUCCUGAGAGCCCUUGUUGCUGAGCAAGCCAACUGCCGAGAGGCCUUGCUCGCUACUUGGAAGGAAAACCCCAAAUACCUGCUGGCUGAGUACUGCCAGUGGCUUCCACAGGCCAUGCACGCCGACGUCGAGAAAGCCUGGCCCCCCACCUCUGACCGCUGACCUGAGGCCUAGCUGCAAGGCCGGGGGCUGGUCUGGGGAACCAUGGAGGCUGGCAGUGGCCGCUUUCCAGCCUGGUCCCCCUGGUCUGUGUACUGCUCCCAGGAGGUCGGUCAGGCCCCUGGAAACCCUCACUCAUCUUGGAUUCAAGACAUCUGGACACAGCUUGCUGCUGCCCUGGGCAGUCUGACCCUGGGGAGCUUUUUUACAACUAUUUAUUAUGUGGCAGAGAAUGCUUUUACCUCACAUGCCGCUCUGGGGACGACAUUAGUCCCUCGCGGAGCAGCAGGGCUGGAGAACGAAGCGGCGGCGAGCAGGAGGGUGCCCGUGGGCCCUUCCCCUGCAUCCCCUCCCCAGCGAGGGUGGUGCUCCCUUGCCAUGCAUGUCGCUCUAAUAAAUCUCAGCUGUCAGAACAA